GCUAGGUGCUUUCUUUCUAAUGUAGGGGUAUACGCCAAAAACAGGAAGUUCCAUGAACACGUGCUUGAAAACCCCAAUACGUACUUCCUUUUUAUCGUCAGACUCCAUUUGGCGUCGCAUGCUUUGUUGGUCACCGUAACACUAAAGACUAACUCACGAUGUCCGGAGGUUUAGACCCACUUGCCCUCAAAGAGGAAGAUGUGACAAAGUUCCUUGCUUGUAGCACUCAUCUGGGAUCAAACAAUGUUGACUUCCAGAUGGAGCAGUAUGUCUUCAAGCGUAAACCCGACGGUGUGUACAUCAUCAACCUGAAGAAAACCUGGGAGAAGCUGCUGUUAGCCGCCCGCGCUAUCGCCGCCAUCGAGAACCCGACUGACGUGUGUGUGAUUUCCGCGCGUCCGUAUGGGCAGCGUGCUGUCCUCAAGUUCGCAUCAGCCACAGGAGCCAAUCCAGUGGCUGGACGAUUCACUCCUGGAACUUUCACCAACCAGAUUCAGGCUGCGUUCAGAGAGCCCCGUCUGUUGGUGGUGACGGACACACGUACGGAUCACCAGCCCGUGACGGAGGCGUCAUAUGUCAACAUUCCUGUCAUCGCCCUCUGCAACACUGACUCUCCACUAAGACACGUGGAUAUUGCCAUCCCUUGCAACAACAAGGGAGUGCAGUCGAUUGGUCUGAUGUGGUGGUUGCUGUCUCGAGAGGUUCUCCGACUCCGUGGAACCAUCAGUCGGGAACACCCCUGGGACGUGAUGGUCGAUCUCUACUUCUACAGAGACCCAGAAGAGGCCGAGAAAGAGGAACAGGCGGCGGCUGAGCGCGACCAGCAGAAGGAAGAGCCUGUUGCCCCACCACAGGAGCAGUGGACGGGCGAGCAGCCGAUGGUCGCUAGAACCGAGGUGACUGACUGGGCGAGCGAGGCGGUCCCAGUGAGCUCUGUACCCAUCCAGCCGUUCGCCAGCGGGACCACAUCCGAUUGGUCGGCUGAUCACGCUGACUGGUCUGCUCCGAGUGCGGCACCAACCGCAGCCGCGGCUGCUGCUGCUCCUCCUCCCGCUGGGCCCAAAAACGACUGGGGAGGCUCCACAUCGGAGAACUGGAGUUAGGCCGGAACUCUUGAGACAAAUCGACUGAGACUGAAAGGACUUUGAAUUGAGAUAGAUAAGAGAGAAACAAUCAAUUAAUAGAAAAGGAAAAUUAGAAAUGCCUUGCUGGCAAUGUCGUAUUUGAAACAUCUGGAAAUUAAAAAAGAAUGUCUCUGAA